GAGAAACGUUCUUUAGCUGCAGGAAUCCUUCUGGAGGAGGUUUUGUUUUGCUUGGGAGCAGCUGGCUGAGAAUGGCACCUGUGUGUGGAGUCACCUGCUGGCAGCUGGCGUGUGGCACCGAGCAUGGACGGGGGGCAAGGUCCAGGAUGGAACAUUCCUGCUCGCUCCUGCUGCUCUGUGUUAGUUUCAUUUUUGCACGAGCUCUGCCACCCAAUGGAACAGAACUGCCCAAAACAACCACAGCCACCAACUCCACCGAGGAGAACACCUUGCACAAGGAGCUGCUGACUUCCCUGCUGAUCCUGGUGCUGGUGGUGAUCAUUUUCGUGGUGCUGGUGGGGUAUUUUUUCAGGUUCAGGAGGCACAGGAAAGCUGUGGUCAACUCCGGGGACAAGAAGAUGCCAAAUGGGAUCUUGGAAGAACAAGAACAGCAGCGGGUGAUGCUGCUCAGCAGGUCUCCCUCGGGCCCCAAGAAGUAUUUCCCCAUCCCUGUGGAAAACCUGGAGGAGGAGAUCCGGAUACGCUCGGCCGACGAGGGGAAGCUCUUCAGGGAGGAGUUUAAUUCAUUAACGUCUGGAUAUGUGCAGGGAACAUUUGAAAUGGCAAAUAAGGAGGAAAACAGGGAGAAGAACAGAUAUCCCAACAUCCUGCCAUAUGAUCAUUCCAGAGUGAUUUUGACCCAAAUUGAUGGAGUCCCACCUUCAGACUACAUCAAUGCAUCAUACAUCGAUGGCUACAAAGAAAAGAACAAAUUUAUAGCAGCACAAGGACCCAAGCAGGAAACAGUCAAUGACUUCUGGAGGAUGAUCUGGGAGCAGAAAUCAGCCAUCAUUGUCAUGUUGACCAACCUGAAAGAAAGCUCCAGGAGGGAUGCAAGGCUCCAAGGCUGGUCACACAGCUCCACUUCACCAGCUGGCCGGAUUUUGGGGUGCCUUUCACGCCUAUUGGCAUGCUGAAAUUCCUGAAAAAAGUCAAGACCCUGAAUCCUGCCCAUGCUGGACCCAUUGUGGUUCACUGCAGCGCGGGCGUGGGGCGCACGGGCACCUUCAUCGUCAUCGACGCCAUCAUCGACAUGAUGCACGCCGAGCACAGGGUGGAUGUCUUUGACUUCGUCUGCAGGAUCCGCAACCAGCGGCCACAGAUGGUCCAGACUGAUAUGCAAUAUUCCUUCAUUUACCAAGCCUUACUUGAGUACUACCUCUACGGUGACACGGAGCUGGAUGUGUCAUCCCUGGAAAAACACCUCCAGACUUCCCAAAAUGCAGCCCCAAACCUGGUCAAAAUAGGGCUGGAAGAGGAAUUUAAAAAGCUGACCAACGUGCGCAUCAUGAAGGAGAACAUGAGGACCGGCAACCUCCCAGCCAACAUGAAGAAAGCCAGAGUCAUCCAGAUCAUCCCCUAUGAUUUUAACAGAGUGAUUCUGUCCAUGAAAAGAGGGCAGGAGUACACAGAUUACAUCAAUGCUUCCUUCAUAGAUGGCUACCGGCAGAAGGAUUAUUUCAUUGCCACGCAGGGCCCCCUCCCUCACACGGUGGAGGAUUUCUGGAGGAUGGUGUGGGAGUGGAAGUGCCACACCAUCGUGAUGCUCACCGAGGUGCAGGAGAGGGAGCAGGAGAAAUGCUGCCAGUACUGGCCAUCAGAGGGCUCUGUGACUCACGGAGAGAUCACGGUGGAAAUCAAGAGUGACAGCCUGAUGGAUGCCAUCAGUGUGAGGGACUUCCUGGUCACAUAUAAUCCGAGCAACCAGGAGAAGCAGAGCAGGCUGGUCAGGCAGUUCCACUUCCACGGGUGGCCGGAGAUCGGGAUUCCUGCCGAGGGGAAGGGCAUGAUCGACCUCAUCGCAGCGGUGCAGAAGCAGCAGCAGCAGACAGGGAACCACCCCAUCACUGUGCACUGCAGUGCUGGAGCAGGGAGAACGGGAACCUUCAUAGCCCUGAGCAACAUCCUGGAGCGGGUCAAGGCUGAGGGGCUGCUGGACGUGUUCCAGGCUGUGAAGAGCCUGAGGCUGCAGAGGCCACACAUGGUGCAAACACUGGAACAGUAUGAAUUCUGCUACAGAGUGGUACAAGAUUUCAUCGACAUCUUUUCAGAUUAUGCUAAUUUCAAAUGAGAAUUCUGCCUUAUUUUUUAAUUUGUCUGUAUAAAUAGUUGUAUAUUAUGUUAAUUUAUUCUUUGUCACUUGGAUUGUUGACUGAACUGUAAAUACAACGUUGUGCUGGCUCUAAAAGUUGCAUUUGCUGUAUAAAGUUGUUUCUUAAAUAUAAAUAUCUUCUAAAGUAAAGUAUAUUGUUCCUAUAUUGUAUAGCACUGUAAGAUGGGAUAGAAAUCUUUAUUCUAAAUAACAAAAAAUUAAUUUUUGGUUUUUUUUUUCUUUGAAUUUUGCCACUCAUAAAUAUUUAUCAACAAAGUUCUCUCCCAAUUCUUGAAUUUUGUGACAGGUGAUUUAGAGUUCAUCCUAAAAAAAAAAGUGAAUUUGGGUGCACAUAUUUAAACAUAUUGUGUCCACCAGGAAAAUAUGUCUACCAUGAAAAUAGAUAUUUAUUUUUCUAGGCUGUUUUUAAGAGCCUCUAGGUUUUGUUGGAUUUUGAGUCUUACUGUCCAUAGCAAAAAAUCAGUAGAAAUACAGAUUUGAAUUUUUGAAUGAACAGAAUCUUCAAAGCCCUGCUCUUUUUUUUUUUUUUUUCCAAAUAAUGUUUAAGUCGACUUAGAAAGGCAAUAAUGUGAUUUUUAGAACAUUUUGCUUAUUUGAAAAGUAUAUUUUGCAGCACCUGAACUUGUCUACUUGAAGAGAAAGGCCAGAAAUGAAGUUUAAAGCAUCUCUUCAAUAUAAACACCUGCAUAAUUUCCCACUUCUUUAAAAUAAGAGAUGAACUCUUAUUCCUUGAUUUGACUCAGCAGGAUAAUUAAGAGGUAAAAAUUGAAAAAAAAAAAUUUUAUGAACAGUUUAAUGCCAGAAACAUUGAGUACUGUAGCAGAAGUUCCUCCAGGUUGUUACCCUCCCAGAAAUGUUAUCAAAAAAGGACUUUCUUAAAGAGGUUUAGAGUUGUGUACAGAGAUAUAUUUUUAUUGAAAGUACUACUGAGAAUAGAAUUGGUGACAGAUAAUAUAAUUUAUUACAGCCCUGGCCAGGGGCUGGAAAAUCCCCAAAAUCACAGGGCACCCAAAUAUUGAAUAAUUAUGAGAAUUGAAAAUUAUUGAAAAUAAUGAAAUCUCCUCGCCCCCUGGAGCAAUGCAAGGGAUGGGAAGGUGUCCCUGGGUCUCCUUCCAUUCCAGCCUGGCUGGAAAAGGUUUGGGAUGGGAAUUCCUGAGCCCCCAAUCCCCACAGUGCCAUUCUCCAGCAGGAAUUUGAGGCAAAUUCUCCCAGUUUGGGUUCAUUUGGGAUUUGGGGAAUUUUCAGGAAUUUUUUGGGAUUUUUUGGGCUUUUUUUGAUGAUUUUUGGGCGUUUUUUGCGGAUUUUUCGGGGAUUUUUGGGUGCGUUUUCAGUCCAAUUUCACACGAGUGCAGCGACUUCUCCAGCAGGAAUUUGAGGCAAAUUCUCCCAGUUUUGGUUCAUUUGAGAUUUGGGGAAUUUUCAGGAAUUUUUUAGGAAUUUUUUGGGAUUUUUUGGGGAAUUUUUGGGAAUUUUUCUGUCAUUUUUUGGGAAUUUUUGGUGCAAUUUUAGGCCCAAGUUCACGCGCUGCCACAGGAGAAGCGAAUUCCUUGGCUGUUGGCUGUUCCUGUCUUCCCAUGGCUGCACUCCUGUGUUUAUUUGUACAGUAAAUUAUGCACUUCAGAAACGAGAUUGGUUAAAGAUUAAACCUCACUCGUGAGUCUCUGUGAGAAGAAACACUCAAGGCUGGGUUCUGAAAGUGGAGCUGAGGAAGGGCAUGUUGCUGAAAUUCCAUCCAAAUGGAAAGAGCCAGAAGAAAUUCAGCCUGGAAAUGAUACAAGGGGGUUCAGUCUCAUUUAUAGUACAGCAAGACUCCCCGAGGCUGGAGAAAAAUGCAAAGGAAUUCCCAUUUUCUGAUCCUCGUGUCAGGAUCUUUCCAACCAUUUAGCCCACAUUUGAAUAAUAAUUUGUAGGAAUUUGGGGUCCCUGAGGUAAAAACUUGGGAUGAGUUGUGCAUGAAGUCAAUCUCAGUGCAGGGAGACUCCAAAAGGUUGGAAAAUAAUGCAAAGAAUUCCCAUUUUAUGAUCCUGAUGUCAGGAUCUUUCCAACCAUUUAGCCAGCAUUUGAAUAAAAAUAAUAAUACUUUGUCUAUUAGGCAGAUUUUGUGGAUCCCUGAAGUAAAAAGUGAGGUUGUCUCAUGAGGUCAGUCUCAGUGCAGGGAGACUCUGAAAAAUUAGAAAAUAAUGCAAAGAAUUCCCAUUUUAUGAUCCUGAUGUCAGGAUCCUUCCAACCAUUUAGCCAGCAUUUGAGUAAUGAUAAUAAUAAUAAUGAUAAUAAUUUGUCUGUUGGGCAGAUUUGUGGGUCCCUGAGGUAAAAAGUGAGGUUGUCUCAUGAGGUCAAUCUCAGUGCAGGGAGACUCCAAAAAAUUGGAAAAUAAUGCAAAGGAAUUCCCAUUGUAUGAUCCUGAUGUCAGGAUCUUUCCAACCAUUUAGGAGGCAUUUUAAUAAUAAUAAUACUACUAAUAAUAAUUUGUCUGUUGGGCAGAUUUGUGGGUCCCUUUGGUGAAAACUGGGGUUGUCUCCUGAAGUCAGUCUCAGUGCAGGGAGAUCCAAAAGGUUGGAGGAGAAAGGAAUUCCCAUGUUUUGAUCCUGAUGGCAGGAUCUCUCUGACCCUUUAGCCUUUGAACAAUAAUAAUUUGUGUGUUGGGCAGAUUUGGGGGGUCCCUGAGGUAAAACCUCCGUGUGUUGGCCACGAGGUCGAUGUUGGUGCAGCAGGGAUGGGCUGUGAGGGUGUGGGGGUCCCACAGGAGCUGCACAACUCCCACGGGGUUCCCUAAAGGCUCCUUCCAACCAGGAGAGGAUGGAGUUCAGCUGGAACACCAAAUCCUCGGUGGGUACUCGGGUUUUAGUUGAUAACCAGAUUGAGAAAUGCCUAAAACAGAACUCAGAGCUCCCAGCUGUAGCUCCAUGAAGGUUUUUGUGGAAUUUGAGGAGCUCCCUUUGCAGUGUUACCGCUGGCCGGAGCUCUGGGGAGGGCCUGGGUGGAUUGGAAUUUUCCUUUGACUCUCCGUCUGCUGCGUGGAAUUCCUUCAAAAGGCCAAAUAGUGGGAUUGGAAGUGUCCUUCUGAUCUGUGUGUGCUUUUGGUCACUGUGUGACCUGGACUGUUCAUGUGUUCAGAAGGUCCCAGCUCAGCGUUGGGGCGUUCGCUUCCCGACGCCCUCACGCCGCCAUCCAUGGGCGCCAUGGGCUCCUGUGCCCAAAGCAAUCCCUGAGAGUGCUUGGCUGACCUGGGCCUUAAUGAAGAAUGCAUACUGUAAUUAGCAGUGUUUUUUAGGCUAUUUUUAUGUAUUUUUUUAAACUUUUAAAAUGAGCCUGACCAGCCCGUGUUCAGUCUUUUGGAAUGUUUGCGUUUCCCUCGUCCCAUUUUUUCAUGUAAAGUUACCGGAACUUUUCUGUAUAACCAAAAUGUAUUUAAUUUGUCAAAUCUUUAUAAUAUAUGUAUGUAUUAUACAGUUUCAGCUCUUAUUAUUUUCUUUUCUUACGUUUCUAAUUUGAUCCUGCUGUGUUUUUAAUGCCGGUGAAUGUGGCUGAAUUAUUUGUAUAUGCAAAUUGCAAGAUCUAAUACAUUCUGAUGCAAGAACAAAGCUUCCUUUUUAUUCUCCACCUGCAUUAUUUCCUUUAAAUCUUUUAAUUUCA